AUGACUUCCUACACCUAUUCAGGAGAGGACGACGAAGGAGGAAUACCAGACGAUACAGAUAGCCUCAUUGUCGCCGAAGCAGUUCAAAUUCUUCCCAUCAAUUUCUGCAGGCAUCACAUCCACUUGCAACAAGUUGUCCUUCCUUCAAGUCUUGGCUGCAUUCCCGGUCAUGCUUUUCAAGGUUGCGAGGCUUUACGAGAAGCGAUGAUACCUUCCACAGUCACAGUUAUUGGAGACUUUGCUUUUAGCUUAUGCACCUCCUUGACUUACGUUAGGUUCCCUGAAGGAUUGAAGACUAUCGGAAAGAACUCGUUUGCUUCCUGUGCUUUCACUCAUCUGAGAAUCCCCGGCUCAUUGGCAGUGAUUGAAGAAAACGCCUUUACUGGAUGUGUCUCAUUAGUAGAAGUUGAACUUAUUGAUGGCCUCAAGAUGAUUGGACAGGAUGCCUUUAGUACUUGCUCGAGUCUACGAGAAUUAAGGCUUCCAUCAACCGUUGAAGUCAUUAUGGGGCGAACUCAUUUGGAGACUGCUUCAAUCUGA